AUGGCGGCCGUUGGCGGCGGCGUUGGGCGCGGGGCCCCUCGAGCGGCGCCUCGCUCGUCCCUUGUCCGCCAGAGCCGAGGCCUUGGCGUCACCCGGAGUGCUUUGGGCGCCGUGCGGGCAGCGGCGGCUGCGGCUUUCUCGGCUCGCACCAACAUGCUGCUUGCCGUUUGUUCUUUCUAUUUGAGAAACGUGAUUUGCGAGUGUAGCGCUGACGCUUCAAAUACUGUAUGGAGUAAGGCAGCACAUGUGGAGACCCAGUGUUCAAGUGCCACGGAGGGCAGCUCCUAUUCAGCAACAGUCAAUCAGGGCUAUGUUUUACCAGAAGGAAAAAUCAUGCCAAAUACAGUCUUCGUUGGUGGAAUUGACAUAAGGAUGAAGGAAGCAGAAAUUCGGAGUGUUUUUGAACAAUAUGGUACUGUGAAGGAGGUGAAGGUCAUCACUGACAGAACUGGUGUUUCGAAGGGCUAUGGAUUUGUGUCUUUCCUGGACAAUGUGGAUGUUCAAAAGAUAGUUGAGUCGCAAAUCAACUUCCAUGGUAAAAAGCUGAAACUGGGGCCAGCAAUCAGAAAACAACAAAACUUAAAUUCCUCUAUGCAACCCAGACAAUUAGUUCUUGCACCUCCUGCACCACAGUUCCAGAGUGUAUGGGGUAAUCAGGGUAUGGAGACGUACGUGCAGCCUCCAGCUGUCAUGACUCCAGUGACACCCUAUGUUCAGCCUUAUCAAUACAGUUCAUCACCAGCUGUAGUGCUAAAGCAGCAAGUUCCCGUAGGGUAUCAACCAGCUUACAACUAUCAGGCUCAACCACAGUGGCUUGCUGGGGACCCAAGAAAUUAUGUAAUGCCUCCAACUCCGGUGUAUACUCCAAUGAACUAUCAUGGCAUUGAGGAUCCAGGAUUUCUGCAGAUUGAGGGUGUUCCAGAGCAUACGCAGUUGUCUAACAGCCCACCAAAGAAGUCUGUGGACAGGGGCAUGCAAACAGUAUUAUCCUGUCUGUCUAAUCCUGAGAACCAGCUGACAAAUGACUUUGUAGCACAAGACAACAAUGUAAAGGAGAGUAAGACAUACCACUUCAGAAAAGGAAAGACAGUACACAAGUCCGUUUGA